AUGGGGUACGUGCCUGGUUCUGGAAUGUUGCUGGCUGUACCGGAGCUCGAUUUAGUUUGCCUGUCGCUGAAUGUUGCCGGCUGUACCGGAGCUCAAUUUAGUCUGCCUGUUGCUGAGCCUGAACUCCGCACGACCUUUGUUUAUUACCGGUGGAUUUUAGCCGCCAAUACUCCUCUUGCGAAGAAAAAGCUUUCCGAACUGGGAUCUGAGGUCGUGGUUCGGAGAAUUGUAUCAAAAAAGGGAAAGGAACCUGCUACAUCUUCCCGCAAAGGAAAACAGGUAGCUGAUUCCGAAGCAAGUGACGACUUUGAAACAUCCAGUGAAGAGGAUGAGAAUAGAGAUGAAGCAGAGGCUGAUGUCCCUCUGUCUCCCGUGGCUCACAGGACUCGUCGAGCUUCUUCACCCAAAUCACCCGGUGCUCCUUCUAAGGGUAUUAGAAUGAAGGAAAAGAACAUUCCCCUAUCAUCCUCCAAUAAGAUGACCGUGAGAUGGCCUGCUCAGGAGGAAGAGACAGAAGAAGAAGAAGAAGAGGUUGCCCCACUUCUUAGCAGGAAAAGAUCUCGGCCUACUGCUCCUUCUGAGGUUCAACCUCAGCCAGCUCAAGGAACCGAAUUGCGUACCAAGUUUAGAUAUGAGAGCUCUAAGGUUCCUCGGGAUUCUCGUGCCUCGAAGAGGAUUAAGAAGACGGCUCAUCGGCAACGCCAACUUUCUCCGUUAUUUGAGGAGAAGUUCACUCAGGAUCUUCCAGUCGAUGAAAGGGCUGAGCCAGAAGAGGAAGGGGAAAUCGUGCCUGAACCUUCUUCUCCGGGUUUAAUGGACGUUGAUGAACCCAGUUUCACUGAACAAGUACACAAGGCUAUGAAUGAAGAACCCCUUGACAUGGACAUUGCCUCUCCUCCAGCUACCACAUCGACCUUGCCAACCGCUGACACAGUUAAACUAAAGGAGGUGAGUGCGGAUAGUAGCGCUGCUGACCCCGCAAUUGUUAUUGAAGAUUUUUCUGCUUAA